GACUUGUCUUCCUUGAAUACAAGAUUGUAAAUAUUCAGAUACUGUCGAUUGAUGUUAGAUCUAAAAUCUAUACUAACUUGCGCUGCUUCAAUUAUCUUCACUUGUUUUUAAAACUGCAUUUUCAGGUGAAAUUAUGGGCUGGAUCUGUCACCUGUUCAACUGCUGGAAUGUUAUUACUUAGUUGCUGUUAGGAUUAACGUCAUCCAAAAUGAGUUCCUCUCUGGCAGAGUAUGAGGAGAUACAAAGAGCAGCCAAAGAAAGGGCUGAAAUAGUUGCCAAGUAUGAUCUGGGUCGAGAAGAAGGCGCCAAGAUUGAUCCCUGGGAGGAUCCAGCUUUUGAAGUGUACCACGUCACAGACAGAUAUGGAUUCAUCCAUGACACCGCCCUGCCCAAAAAUAUGGGUGCUGCCGAGGAGAAGGCCAAGCUGGUUGAAACAGAAAGGUCAACAAAAUGGCUGAAGAUGCUGAGUAGGUGGGACAAGUAUUUCCCAGGGGAAAAGUUAACAAGGCGUGUCUAUAAGGGUAUACCAGACAGGGUACGAGGGGAAGUUUGGUCCAAGCUGUUGAAUAUUCCCAGGGUCAAGGCUGAACAGGAAGGUAUUUACAUGAAAAUGCGUGAACGAGCGAGAACAAAAUCAACAUCUAUACGUCAGAUAGAUCUAGAUGUCAACAGAACAUACAGAAAUCAUAUCAUGUUUAGAGAAAGAUAUGGAGUCAAACAACAGGCCCUGUUUCAUGUGCUGGCAGCAUAUUCUGUGUACAACACUGAGGUGGGCUACUGUCAGGGUAUGAGUGAGAUUGCUGCUUUGCUGCUCAUGUAUCUGAAUGAGGAGGAUGCUUUCUGGGGCCUAUCCCAGCUGUUUGUUAGUCCUAAACACACAAUGCAUGGUUUUUUUAUGCAUGGGUUCCCCAAGUUAAUGAGGUUUCAAGAGCAUCAUGAUAUUGUUUUGAAGAAGUUUCUCCCCAAAGUCAGGAGACACAUGGAGAAGCAGGAGAUGUAUCCUACACUGUAUACUAUCAAGUGGUUUCUUCAAUGUUUCUUGGAUAGGACACCUUUCCACCUGACCCUGAGGUUGUGGGAUAUUCACAUGUUGGAUGGUGACCAGUUGCUGGUGGCCAUGGCUUAUUGUAUCAUCAAGAUUCACAGACGGAGAAUCAUGAAGAUGCAGAUGGAUGAACUCCUGACAUUUUUCCAGUCCAACCUUGAGAAAGAUUUUGUGUAUGACAAUGAUGCUGUGAUAGAACAACUCCAGAUUUGCAUGGAGGAGCUGAAGAAAGCUAAACUGGCAGUGCCCCAGAAACCUAAAGUCAACGAGGCUCCAACACUUCCGUUUGGGCUGGAGAUCCAACCCAGCGUGGAACAGCUGAUUGGUCGGCGGUCGGAAGAAACGGUGGACGAACAUUUCCGUAAAAAUGUUUCCAGACAGGGGGGUAAAGCUGCGUACUUGAGGAGGAAGAACACAGGGGGUAGCAUGAGUGGGGGAAACAAUUUACUCAGCACGCCAGAGAUGGCGCGGAGUCGGGGCGACUCGAGGUCCUUGCAGUCUCGCAUGUCCCAGUACUCUAUAGACGACAAAUCUUCCUACUACGACACGGCCACCAACUCCAGGCUGUCACUGGCUGACUACAGCUCCAAGACUUCUGCUCCCAGCUCCAGGACGUCGUUUGGUGAGAGCGAGCUGGGCAGCAUGUCAGCCCUGGGGCACGGCUUCACCACCCCCAUCGACUUGGACGAGGUGGGCGUGGACGUGACAACACCAACCACCCCCACCAACCCACCCCUCCCCUCGAGUCAGUUCUCCUCCUCCAACAGCCCCAACCACAUCAUGUCGCAGUCGUACGAGAUGCCAAGGUCAUCUGACCAACACUCAGGGAUGAGGUCAUCGGCGUCAUUGGAAAUGUCCCCGCGUAGGCUGGUCACGACGUUUGAUCACCCAUCCAGGGUGACGACCACAUCUUACGAACCCUCUCCCCAGACUCGGUCCCGAGCUUCCGUUAAGUCCGCAACAGCAGUGUCCACCUCCUACGACAAUGUGGAGAACACAAACAAGCUGCACCAGAUGAAAGGUUCGCGGUCCUACGAGAUGGAUUCAUCUGCCAGGUACCCCGACAGCAACACACCUCGCCAGGCAUCCUCGUACGAGCACUCCCUCUCUACUGCCCACAACGCUUUCCCCGUGACCAUACCACCAAUCAGUGAACAAAGGUCUUCUCAGGUAGAGGACAACGACUCAACAAAAUCCCCCGCGGGUUCUACAGCGUCAGACUAUGAUAACAUUAACGGUAUGUACGACAUGGAGACGGAUGACAACUCACGUUACGCUCAUGGCGAGGGUGUCAAUGUCAUGCCGCUCAGUAAAUCUGAUGGUUACGUGUCCACUGCUCUUGCAUCUGAGACUGUCAUAGUCAAUGGACACAGCGGCCGCAUGUCUGGUCAGAUGAAGCUGGCCAAAACGGAGAACGACAUCCAAAGGACUCACUACCAGGAGCGCAGGGACCAGAGGGAUUAUCACAACGGCUACCAGGUGGAGCAGCAGAGGACGUACCAGGUGUCUCAGGGCUCCGCCACACAGACCAGGACGAUAUACACCAAGGUCAUUGAGAAGUCUUCCUUCUUGUAGUCAGUGGGGCUCCUCUAGCUGGGAUGUUGUGUAGGGCUCCACUAGCUGGGAUGUUGUGUAGGG